GGCGUUACCAUCGUGAAGCCGAUCGUGUAUGGAAACGUCGCGCGGUAUUUCGGGAAGAAAAGGGAAGAGGAUGGUCACACUCACCAGUGGACGGUUUACGUCAAGCCUUACAGAAACGAGGAUAUGUCAGCCUAUGUGAAAAAAAUACAGUUCAAGCUGCACGAAAGCUACGGUAAUCCCCUAAGAGUUGUUACCAAGCCACCGUACGAAAUCACCGAAACAGGCUGGGGUGAAUUUGAAAUAAUCAUCAAGAUAUUUUUCAUUGAUCCAAAUGAAAGACCUGUAACCUUGUAUCACUUGCUGAAGCUUUUCCAGUCCGAUACCAAUGCCAUCCUGGGAAAGAAAACUGUAGUUUCGGAAUUCUAUGACGAAAUGAUAUUUCAAGAUCCUACUGCGAUGAUGCAGCAGCUGUUAACAACCUCUCGUCAGCUAACACUGGGUGCUUAUAAGCAUGAAACAGAGUUUGCAGAUCUUGAAGUGAAAACCAGGGAAAAGCUGGAAGCUGCCAAAAAGAAAACGAGUUUUGAAAUUGCUGAGCUUAAAGAAAGACUAAAAGCAAGUCGUGAAACCAUCAACUGUUUAAAGAAUGAAAUCAGAAAACUUGAAGAAGAUGAUCAGUCUAAAGAUAUGUGACGAGUGUUGACUGGAUGAAGAGGCUGUACUGAAAAUGGGAGCGCGUCAGUGAUGGAAUUGUGUGUGCUCUCUUGGAUCUGUAACUGAGACCAUGUGCACUUCACUGGCAAACGAUUGAAGUAUGUGGCAAUU